AUGUCCAUGUACCUGAAGCAUUUCACGGUGGUGGGGGAUGAUCCUGCUCAGUGGAACAAUGACUACAGGAAAUGGGAGGAAGAGGAGAUGGAAGAGGAAGCGAAGACCCCUGAGACGGCUGUCAAAAUCGACUCUUCCCCCAGGACCCCCACCUUCCGGGAGGUGAUGAAGAAGUUGUUCCAGUCACACAAAUUUCAGAUCUUAGUUGUCUGCCUGGUUAUUUUGGACGCCAUACUGGUCCUCGGGGAACUGCUUUUGGACUUGAAAAUCAUCCACCCUGACAAACACGAGAUUGCACCCAAGGUGUUCCACUACCUGAGCCUUAGCAUCCUCACCCUCUUUCUGGUGGAAAUUUUCUUCAAACUCUUUGCCUACCGGUUGGAGUUCUUCCAUCACAAGUUUGAGGUCCUGGACGCCAUUGUUGUCAUCAUCUCAUUCGUUCUUGACAUUGUUCUUCUCUUCCGGGAGCACGAGUUUGAAGCACUGGGAUUACUGAUCCUUCUUAGACUGUGGAGAGUGGCCAGGAUUAUAAAUGGAAUCAUCUUGUCGGUGAAAACACGGUCUGAGCAGCAGAUGUCCAAGCUGAAGCAAGCCAACCUGCAACUCACCCUAAAGGUCCAGGAGAUGGAAGCUAGCUGUGCAGAGAAGGAGCUGGAAAUUGAAAGGCUUAAUGCUGUGUUGAAGCAACAUGGACUUGUCGGCCAGUCCAGAUAAGGUGCCAUCCUAGGGCCCAACGGAGCCAUUGCCGCCAAGGAGAAGCUAAUUGUGUUUCCAUACUGUGCCAUUUUGAACAUACUCUUUUGUACAUUCCCUUCCAUGCCUAGAACAAUAUUCUAUCCCUAUUGCUUGUUAAGACUCAAGUGUUG